AAAUCGGUGUUGAAAGAAGAAGAAAAAAAAUGUAUAGAUAGAUUAUCAACUAUCCACUAAUUUUUGUACAUAGGCUGAUAGAAGAAAAACCGUAUAACAACAACUCAGAACAGAGAAAUUGUGAGGAUUAUCAUUGAUUGAACAUUUGCAACAGCAGCAGCAACAAGAAUGUUCAAUCUUUCGACAGUUGUGUAUAAUCCUCAACCGAACACACUCUUCUUUUCUCCAUUCCCAUUCUUCCAUUCUUCUCUCACACCCCACAAGUUUCAAUCUCUCAAAUUCCCCACAAACUCCAACCUCCACAAUUCUCUCUCCUUAACACACCAAGAUGAUGAUGAUGACAACUACGAAGAACAUGUCAUCGGAGAUUGUCUUGUCUUCGAAGAUGGAAUUUUCGAAGAACCCAUUUUUCCAUCCGACAACCUCGUAGACAAGAAAAAAACAACACCCAUUUCGAAGAAAAAGAAGAAAAAACCAACGACAGUGAUUAAGUCUGAGAAUUUGGUUCCUGAUAAAUGGAGAGAAGUUCAAGCAGAGUUAAAUAUAACGAAGAAAGAUAGGCGUAAGAUAGCUCAAGAAAUUGAGUUUAACAGUAAGGUUUUGAAGAAGAAAAGAGGUUUAGUUGCUUUGAGGGAUAUAAAUAUGGAAGAGUAUAAGGCUUAUAAAGAAGCUAGAUUGGCUCAGUUGAAUCCUAUUGUUCUUGAUAAGCCUCCAAGUUUUAGUUUUGCUGAGAAAGAUGAUGAUUCUGAAGAGGAAUUGGGUGAUGAGUCUGGUGAUGAUGAGAGGGCGAAGCCUGAGAAUCCUAGGUGGGCUGUUUAUGGGAGAGGUUUGGAGGAUGUCAGUGAGUUUUUGAACAGUGAGAGGUAUGACCCUGCUGCUAAUAAAACUGAAGGUCAUCCUAGGUUGUUUACCAGGGAGGAGAGGGCUAUGCUCAGUCAGAAGAAGGCAGACUUCGAAGUUGCUACUUCAGAUAAAUGGCUUCCUCUGCACACUUUUGCUGCGAGCGGAGAAUCUUUCCUUGUAGAAACUAUAUUGAAGCAUGGUGUUGAUAUUAAUGCUACGGAUAAGGAUGGUUUGUCUGCUCUUUACAAAGCGAUAAUUAGAAGAAAGCAUGCCAUAACCAAUUAUCUCCUAAGAAACUCGGCCAAUCCCCAUGUACAAGAUAAUGAUGGGGCCACCUUGAUGCACUACGCUGUACAAACGGCAUCUGUCCCAACAAUUAAAGUACUCAUGUUGUAUAAUGUGGAUAUAAAUCUUCCGGACAAUGAUGGCUGGACACCAUUACAUCUUGCUGUUCAAACUCAGAGAAAUGAUAUAGUGAGGCUUCUGCUGAUUAAAGGCGCUGAUAAGACAUUAAAAAACAAGGAUGGUUUAACUCCGCUCGACCUUUGCCUUUACUCUGGUCAAAGUGCCAAAACAUAUGAGCUAAUCAAGUUGUUGAAACAGCCUCCAAAACGAUAUAGAAGUAGAAAUGCACGACGGAUGGAGGGAUGAAACAAUACAACUUUUUGAAGAUUUGGACUAACAAAUGAAGAAUAGACAUUGCCAAGUUUCUCAUAGCAGGUAGAAGCCCUUCAGCAUAUUUGGACAUUUUAGCUUUAGGACAAGGAUGGUAUUGUAUUUAAUCUGAAAUACUGUAUCAAGGAGAAAUGAAGUUGACUCUGCCCAUUUCAUAAGUGAAAAUAGUACAUGAUAUAAGGUGGACUGUGUCGAUAAAAAUGUUCAAAAUAUCAACGAUGAUAUUAUUUCUUGAA